AUGUUAAACCUUGAAGUCAAAAUACAACCCUGCCGCUCGAAAACCCCAACAUGUACAACUGAUGAACAGAUCGAGCUUCACGAUUCUACUGAAAACGCUGACAAAGUCAACACUGACAUCAUCGGUCAAACCAAUGCUGGUUUGGACACUGUCAGUACUACCGGCAUUGGUCAAAUUGUUGAUAUAAAUCGAUACAACUCUUUACAAAAGUUAAAUCGUAUUACCGCGCUUGUUUUAAGGUUCGUCGAUAACAUCAAAAAACCUGCACAAUCUCGAAAUCUGAAUGAGUUAGCAGCGAACGAAAUCACGCAGGCACAAUCAAAAUGGGUAGUAUAUGUACAGAAGACGCGUUAUCAAAAAGAACGUGAAUUCCUACAAGUUGAAAAUAACAAAGCCUCGCCUUUAAUUCGACAACUUCGUUUAUUUAUUGAUAAACAACACGUCAUCCGCUGUGGUGGUCGUCUACACAAUGCGCCCAUUGGAGACAAUGCUAAGUUUCCAAUUUUAAUACCUCCUGAUCACCAGUUUACGAAUUUACUAGUUCGUGAUGCCCAUGAAAGAUCACUACAUUCCGGACUACAAAGUACUGUCACGUUAUUACGUCAAACAUACUGGAUUACAAGGAUUAGAGCUACCGUCAAGGCGUUACUACGGAAAUGUGUAAUAUGCAAACGUGUUACCGGACGUUCUUACAUGAAACCAAUCACCGCCCCUCUGCCUAACUAUCGCACCCAGAAAUCUGAACCCUUUCAGGUUUGUGGCAUUGAUUUCACUGGUGAACUAUACGUUAAACGGGAAAAUGGCGGCGAGAGAAAAUGUUACAUAUGUCUCUUCACGUGUGCUAAUACCAGAGCAAUACACUUGGAAUUGGUUCAAGAUUUAUCAACCGAUAGUUUUCUCCGCGCUUUUCGACGUUUUGCGGCGCGCAGAUCUCUGCCUACACGAAUCGUUUCCGACAACGCCACGACCUACUUAUCCGCCGCUAAGGAAAUCAACGAUCUGUUCAACGACCCGCAAGUAAAAGCCUUCCUUGCAAACCAUCACAUUCAGUUAAAGAAAGUACUUCGUCGCGCAUUCGUCACAAUGGAUGAAAUGAAUACUAUAUUGUGCGAAAUAGAAACAACAAUAAACAACCGUCCGAUAACUUAUGUUUAUGGUGACGACGCAGAGGCGACUCCCCUCACCCCAGCUCACUUACUCCAUGGCCGUACGUUGAACACAUUACCACAUGUAACUAUCGACAUGGAGGAACUCAUCGAUCCGACGUACGAAACAAAGGAAACUCUCCAUAAACGUGCCACGAAGCUCAGUGAAACUAUGGAUCGACUUUGGAAAAAAUGGGAGUUAGAAUAUUUAUCAGCACUCCGAGAACGACAUGAACGACAAAAAACCGGGAAAUUAACAAACGCGAUCAAGUCUGGAGACGUUGUACUUGUACAUUCAGACACAAGAAACGUACGUUAUGGGAUUUAG